AUGACAGCCAAGAGCUGGCUUUCCAUGCAUAUACACACACUUAGCUUGAUUUACUUAGGGAUUUUUACAGCAUAUGCAUACAGUAAUCAUAGUCAGUUCACUGCUGUUGAAAUUGUCAUCAUUUUGGUCACAUUUUGGUCUACUGUGGGUUCUUACACAGAAUUUCUGUACACUGUGGCAACACUUGAAAGGGAACACUCUAGUGUAGAUAAGUGUCUUGAGUUCGCUGGCACGAAUGUCAGAGAAAAUAUCAUAGCAGUUCAUACAGAGAAGAAACUUGGUAGUCAGUUAUUGUUCACAGACAUCAAUUUCGAGAGAGGUGGAAGCAAACUGUUAUCGAAUGUUAAUUUCUGCAUUAGUGAAGGUGAGAAAAUAGGUAUACUUGGUUUGUCAGACAAGAGUAAAGAUGCCCUCGUCGAUAUUUUAAUGAAAAUCACAAAUCCAACAAAAGGUACUGUCUCUAUCGAUGGAGUGGAUAUGUCCAAAUUGCACAGUCAGAGCGUCCGCAGAGCAAUCACCCACAUCCCAACAAAGACGGCGCUCUUCUCGACCACAUUGCGAAACAAUUUAGAUCCUUCACACAAUUAUUCAAACACUGAAAUCUGGAAGGUGCUUAAUCAGGUUGGCUUGAAAUCAAGAAUAGAGUCAACACCAAACCAACUGAAUUGUGAUGUGUACAGAGAUCUAAAGUUGCAGGCAGGAGAACUUAGCUUAGUGAGUUUCAUUAGGGGAAUUCUUAAGAAAAGUCCAAUUGUCAUAAUAGAGGACCUGCCACUGCUUGGUGAAGACUCUGCUCGAGAGAGACAGUUACUGCUUCAGAUGAUCAACAAGAAGUUUUGUACUGCGACCAAACUGAUUUUAACCAACAAGCCAAACGCCGACCUGUUAAUUGACUGCCAGAGAAUUUUACAGGUUAGAGAUGGUACAUUCCAUGAACUUGGCAAGUAA